UUCACCAGAAUCUUGUCAUCACUUCAAACUCAGAGAAAGCUCAACGUUUCUGCUGUGCACCGGAGGCUCUGCUCUGCAGCAGCAGCCUGUCCUGGCUUAAUCACCAACCCAACAAUGGAGUCCAAACUGUACCGGCUCCCCACAGAGGUCCGGGGUAUGACCUCUCUGGAUAAAGAUGCCUUCACACAGGACAUCACAGUUCCAGCGCUGCGGGUACCCACUGGGGUCUUAAACAAAGUUGUGAAGUGCCUGAGAAAGUCCACCAUCCAGCGACCGGGUCUUCCCAGAGUAGUCCAAGACAAAGAUGAGAAUAGUGGCUGUCGGUUAGUCCUACUGGACCCUCGCAGAGUCACCUCAGCGAGCUCCUUCAGUGAAGAUGAAGCUGAAGCCUUGAGGUCGUUUGGUGUGACUGAGGAGCUGCACUACUAUGAGCUAAAGCUGACGUAUGACAACCUGAAGACGGAAGAAGUGCUGGAGGCCGUGCUCCCUCAGGGUCAAGAUGUGACAUCGGGCUUUAGCCGGGUGGGACACAUCGCUCACAUGAACCUGAGAGACCACCAGCUCCCACACAAGAAUGUCAUAGGUCAAGUGAUCAUGGAUAAAAACCCUGGCAUCACAUGUGUGGUCAAUAAGAUAAACAUAAUUGACUCAACGUACCGUAACUUCAAGAUGGAGGUGUUGGCUGGCGAGGAGAACAUGGUGGCCAAAGUGAAAGAAAACGGAGUGACGUACGAGUUUGACUUCUCUCGAGUCUACUGGAAUUCUCGGCUGAGUACCGAGCACCAGCGAGUGGUGCAGCUCGUUAAACGCGGUGACACCGUGUUCGACGUGUUCGCCGGGGUCGGACCCUUCGCCAUUCCAGCUGCCCGCCUGGGCGCCAACAUUUGCGCCAAUGAUCUCAACCCGGAGUCCUACAAAUGGUUGCAAUACAACUGCAAACUGAAUAAGGUGGAGGGCCAAGUCCGGACCUUUAACCUGGACGGUAGAGCCUUCAUUCAGGGACCUUUGAAACAGGAGUUGCAUGUUCUGCUCAAGGGAGACACGAGUGUCCACAUCGUGAUGAACCUGCCUGCAUUGGCUCUGGAAUUUCUGGAUGCAUUCAGGGGUCUCCUGCAGCAGGAACCUCCUUGUGACCAGAACCUCCCCAUAGUACACUGCUACGGCUUCUCCAAAGAGGACGACCCCGAGGCCGAUAUGGUGCGGAGAGCUUCCCUCAGCCUGGGAUUCCCUCUAGAGGAAAAAUGCUCUGUGCAUUUUGUGCGCAACGUAGCUCCCAACAAAGAUAUGAUGUGUGUGAAAUUCACUCUUCCCAAAGAGGUCCUCUUCUGCAGUAAUGAAGAGUGCAAAGAGACCGCAGACGAACCAGCCAGUAAGAGGCAGAAGUGUGAAGACUCUCCACAUUCAGCAUGAUUAUCACAACAACCUGAGACUGUAAGGAAAGAAAAUAAACAUUUCAGGGACAUUUUUUCCUCCAACCUUCACCUUGGCUAGUUAUGUUCUUGCAUCAUCACGAGAAAUCAUGAUUCAGCUUUAAGGCAAAUAAUCGAUUACAGUUAUUAUAUUGAGCUGUACAUGUUCCAUGUUAAGGUUUUCUUUUUUUUUUUUAAAUAAAUCUCAA